AUGGUUUCGGACGACGAAGUAAUAGCGCGAAACCUACGCCCGGUAUCCGCCAGGCGUGGCCGAAAGCGUGCCGUACAAGAGGAGGAAGUUGAAGCGCAAGCGACAGAGCCUAAGAGGUUACGUACUGGCGAACCAGUUGACGACAAUGUUGUUGACCAUCAACCCCCAGUCGCCGAGGCAUCAAUCGCGCGAAUCCGAAGUGGUCUCCUCACACCAGAAGCCAGCACAUUGACCGAGUCGCAACUCGCACCUCCCCUACCAGCCGCCUCCGCUACCGAGACCUCGCCAGCAAACACCUUCCCCUUUAUCAAACUCCCCGCCGAACUCCGCAUCCACAUUUACCACAUGGCCCUCGUCCGCGAAGACCCUCUCCUCCUACACGCCGAGCGCGCGCCCGAGAAACCCGAAGAAGACGACAACCCUUACGCGCGGGGCCUCGGAACCUACGUCCCCGGCCGUGAACCGCCAGGCCAUACCUUCCACCGCCCCAGGCAAUCCGGCCCCGAGCGCGUCCCCUUGGACGACCCCAUCGUCCCUGAGAUCCUCCGGCUGAACAAACUGAUAUACAGAGAGGCACGACAAGUCCUGUACAGCGACAACGUCUUCACACUCAGUCUCACAAGCGGCAUCUACACGCUGUCGACUCUGCACCAGCGGUCCCGCAGCCUCAUCAAACACGUCGUUCUCACUAUACCGUCCCACCACGAUAUCCUCGAUGGCUUCGCGGACCUCGUUCGCUUGGGUCUGAGAUACUGCUGGGGUCUUAAGACCUUCAAGAUCAUCCUACAAGCCAGUUUACCUGAUGACGGGAGGGUGACGGGUGCGACGAGUGUGUACGCUAAUGCGUUUCAUAUAUUGAGGUGGCUGCCGCGGGGGUGCAGUGUUGGUCUCGAGGGGAAUGUUAGUGAGACUGUCAAGAGGGUUGUUGCUGAGGAGGGGAGGUUGCAGGCCGUGCUUGAUGAGGCGAGCUAUCUUAAGAGACAGCAUCAGAUGCCGGAGCGGCACUAG